GCGGGCUUUCUGUCAAGAUGGAUGCGCCCAUGGACACGCUGUCUGAAGUAAUUGCGGAGCUCUCGAAAAGGGCAGCUGAGGGUAUAGAGUCGGUUCCAGAUGCAGUGCGGGCUGUGCACCGUCUGACGGAGCUUUUUAGGGAACGGGAAUACAGAGAGAAUGCAGAAGAAGGUGUUUUCAUAGUCAUCUUGAAAUUUCUAACCAGUGCUUCCUGCAAAGUCCAGUCUUUUAAUGUAGAGCCCAGCAUAUCUCUGGAGAGCUGGUUUCAGUUGUUGGCUGAAUGUUUUCGCUGUUUGAGAAAUUCAUGUGUACAAUGCACUAGGAAUCAAAGUACUCUCAGCUUUUCGCUGCGGUCUCCAGUUCCUUGGCAACAUCGCAGCAGGAAACAGGGAUUCCCAGAAUAGCAUUUGGAAGUGUGCCUUUCCAGAACUUUUCUUGAACUGUCUAACGCAUGAAGAUGAAAAAGUUGUUUCCUACUGCGCUAUGGUUUUGUUUACAUGUAUCAACCGAGAGAAUGUUGAAGAUCUUCAAGAAACAUCAAAACUCAAAGUUGCUCUGAAUGUUAUAUCCGCCUACAAGAAGCAGCCGGAUGCAGAGUGGUUGUACCUGAUUGUAACAAACCAUUUCCUCAAGUGCCCAGAUCUGGUGAAGGCCAUGUAUGCCCAACUGAUCAAUCAAGAAAGGAUUGCAAUGUUAGAGCUGCUUAUUGCCACAAUAAGUGAGAAGGAUCCACUUUCUGAAGAAGAAUCGAAUACUUUGCAGAGAAUAGCAGAGUUCAUCUCUGUCUGCUUCCAAGACCAGUGCAAAGCGGUAUUAAAGCUGGCUUCACCUGGGGACAAUGAUGAGGAGGAAUCCAUGGUUGUCAUACGAUUGCUUGAUGUGCUGUGUGAAAUGACCUCCAAUAAUGACCAUUUGGCAUGUUUGCAAAGCUGUCCAGGUUUACUUGAAACUGUUGUAGAUAUAUUGCAUAUGACGCAUCUUGCAGGCAAGCAAAGUAAGAACAUCUUCACGGCCACACAUACCAUGACAAUGGGUUUAGACGCAACGCAUGCAGUUGUUGGGUUCAAAGCACAUCUUAUUCGUUUAAUAGGAAAUUUGUGCUAUGAGAACAAAGAAAAUCAAGACAAGAUUUAUCAGCUUGAAGGAAUACCUCUCAUUCUGGACAACUGCAGCAUAGAUGACAACAAUCCCUUUUUAAACCAGUGGGCAGUGUUUGCCAUCAGAAACAUUACUGAACACAACGAGAGAAAUCAAGAGCUCAUCGCCAAACUGGAGCAUUAUGGGCUAGCAGAUAGCUCAGUGUUAGAAAAUAUGGGAUUACAUGUGGAAGAACGGGAUGGCAAGUUGGUACUGAAAUCUCUAAAGAAAUCAUCGACAUAAAGAGAAAGAGAACUGAUGAAUACCCAAGACUUUAUACCAUAUAUUGCUCAAAAGAAAUUGUAUAUUAUAAUAUCAGAGUGACAAAAGAAUAGUAAUACAUCACAUUUAUAGAGGUUGUUAAACCAAUGGUAUAUUUGGAAUGAUCAUUUUCUAAUUUACUUCAUAUAUAUGUCAACAGUUGCAAAAAUAUAAAGGAAUCUGGGCCAUUGUAUUUUGUGUGAGGUGCAUACAUUUAUUGGAAAGGCAAUGUUGAUACAUCUACUUUUCUUAGACUUUUACAAUUUCUCCUCUUUUGGAUCUUAAUAAUUAAGAAACAAACAUACAUGCGUUUUCUCAAUGUUUGUGGUUUGCUAUAUUUAUUAUAAUGUGAGGCUUAUUUAUCUGGAAUUGACAAACUUACCUUAAAGCAUAAAGUAGAAAUAUUUAUAAGCAAAUUUAUAGUCUGCUCUGAGAACCACCCUAUACAUUUUUAUACAUAAAAAAAUUAAAUAGUAAAUAUUCUUCAAUUUGGUUUGGCUGUGUUAUUUGCUUUUCAGUGAUUCAAUUAAGAAUUUGUUAAAUUUUAUGAGAUUUUUUUUUCUCUACAUAUUUUCGUUUUCCAAUCCUUUGUACAUUGCUUCACUGGCAAAUUCUCAUAAUUAAUUAUGUUGGUUUCUUUUCUGCAUUAUGCCUUUCCAGAACAUUGGUAACAUGUAUUUCUAAUUAAUUAAGAACCCUGAGUCUGCAACUUGAUUUUUUUAUGUCUUAAGUGUUGCUAGUGAGCCACAGUCAUGAGGAAUGUGGUCCUGAAUGGACUGGAGAAUAAAUGCAUAUAAAUAAUUUGUACAGUCCUGCUUUUGAGUUGAGUUGUUCAGAUACAUACAUGUAUUGUACCCUAUGGAUGUGAUGCCAAAAACACUUCUCACAACCUCUAACUUAGCGGGUUUUUCUAAUCCCCGUUUGGUUUCCUUGGUUUACAGAUCCAUACAAAGGCUAAAUAAUGAGGUGAAUGGAGAUUUCUUUAGUUUUCUCUGUGAGUUAGAAGUGUACACAUUUGUCAUCAAGGAUUUGGCAGAUUUGAACAGAACAAACAUUUUUUACUUCAAACCUUUUACCGACUAAACAGAGAAAUGCCAAAAAUUCAUUGAGUGCCAACUCUUAUGUACAAGUAUUCUAACUGCUACAUUCCAGAUCUCUGCAUAUUUAAGUAAGAUAUUUUAGGUAAGAGUCAGUGGACAAAUAUUGGUUUCAGAUUUAUGACAUUUUAUUUACCUAGUAUUUGUGUUUAAGGAUUUGAUCAAGUUUUUCAUAUCUGUAGCUCAUGCAUUAACAUUUAAAAUGAAAGCAGCAUGAAAUAACUUGCUUUAACAACAAUAUUUACUAUAAAUAAGGUGAUAAUAUCAGACUUAAAUGUAAUCCUGUUGGGUGAAAAACCUACUGAAAGGUGAAGAACUUUUGUUAUUAUUAUACCAAAAAAGGAUGCUAAUGUCGGCCAUCCCAGGAAGUUGCAGAGUCGUAAACAUUGCAUUCAGGUUAUUCAUAAUGUUAUGUAUUAUGGUUAAAGGCACAUUACAUAGUUAUUGAUGUGCACAGUUCACCCAAAAAAUAGGAGAAUUACAGGUGAACUGUAUGCAUCCUUAAAUAUUCAUUGUGCAGGGGUAACUCAGCUUUUCUUGCAGGAGAUACUCACUAGGAUUGGCCCUUGAUAAUGCAUAAUUGAUAGAUUGCAAAUCACCUACAAUUCACCUGCAAGUCAUCUCGGUGUGAACAGAGCUAUAAGUAAAAUGGUUUUCAGUAAUAAGCGUUUAACUUGUUCUAAAACCUUAACUCAGAUGCCCUUUAUAGGAUCUCUCAAAAUAGAUGACGCUGUUGCAAUAUCUAAGUCCAUGAUUUGUACUUAUGCAGCAUACAGGCAAAUCCUGGUCCGGAUUGACUAGUAGUGGCCAAGACAUGUUGCAUGAAUUUUGCCACAACUGUUAACAUAUCAUAUGGCAGUGGCCCUUUUAAUAUCCUGUAAUCUAAUACAUUCAAAUUCAUAAACAAUUAUAUGAAUAAAAACCAUUAGUCAUUAGUUAAUGUGACAGUAGUAUUAAAGCUAGUUUAAAGGGCCACUGUAAGUAAAUAUUUUCUAUGCCUGUUACUAACUAACAACCCCAAAUACGCUUUUUAUCAAUAGCAUUUCAUUAACAUAUCUCUACCGUAUAUCAGAAAUCUUGUCUGCAAAUUUAAUUGUUUUCCAAACCCACUCCGUGGGUAUCCUUUGCUCUGUACCAAUCCGUUUACAAUACCUAGGUUUCAAAAUGGCGCUUUAAACACAAAGUUAUUGGUUUAAGUAUUUUGAACAUGUAGUGCUGAAAAUAGUGGGCAGGAUAACGUGACAUCAUCGGCGAAUAAAAUAUAUAACUUUUAGAACGUUAUGAAACUUCGUUUUGGAGAAAAUAUAGGUCAGUAGGUUUUAAUUAAUGUUUAUUAACUUUAAUAUGUUAGUUGUUUAGCUUAACAAUUAUAACAGAAAGUAAUCCUUUAAGUAGACUGGAAAAUUUAAAUUAUCCUAUGUAUGAAGCCAGCCAGACAUUUGACAUUUUUCAGGUACAAAUCCAAAAUUCCAAAAUCCAGACUUUUUUCAUUAAUAUAUUUUUAAAAAUAAAAUUAUUACAAAUUAACAUUUUUCUCAACAGUAAGUAACAAUCUUCUCUGCCUGUGUCUUUGGUUUGAUUUGUGUGUUCUAAAAUGUAAAUGCUAGUCUUUAUUUAAAACUACUACCUUUCUGAUCACAGUACUGUACUAUCUUUUCAAUAGUACUAUGCAUACAAAAGUAUUAAAAAAGAUAUAACAUGUAUAAGCGGUAUAAUGACAUGUAAAUAUUGCCUAAUCUACAUAAGAUAUUGAUGUUUACACAUGGUCCAAUACCCUCUCCAUGCUGUCCCAUGUUACAGUAACAAAUAUACAAAUAUUCUGAAAAACAUACUAUUUUUUAUUAAAGGGUUUUGUACCUGUAUCACAAUAUUGAGCAAUAUUUUGGUCUUGGCUUGGUAAACCUUCAUAAUUCAGAUAGAGCACGUCAUUUUCAACACUUUUCUUCUAUUUGUGAAACAAAAUAAAUAAUGGCACUACCUUCAA